UGCAAUUGUGAUGGUUACAACUUCACCUCGCCUGCGGGAGAAGUUUGCCAAUUCCGUCAUCGCUGUAUCGAUCGCUUCUGACUCAGUAUUCCAAGAUGGCGGAAAACCUGGCAUCAGACGAUAGUUCUGAGGACGAAAAUGUUAUGUUUACCAAUGAAUCCGCUACAACAGAUCUUAUAAUCAUAGUCGAAGACAAGAAGAUCUAUGUUGAAAGAAUCGUCUUGGCGCUAUCCUCGCCUGUUUUCUGCCGCAUGUUUCAUUCAGACUUCAAAGAGAAAUCUGCAAUGGAGAUUCCUCUCCCAGGCAAGAAAUACAGAGACUUUGUCGAAUUCCUUCUGUGUAUCUACCCCUCGACGAUGAAACAGAUCGACAAGGACAACGUAGAUGUCGUCCUGUCCCUGGCGGACGAGUACCAAAUGGAACAGCUGAAGAAACGCUGCGAGACGUAUCUGUUGUGCCGAUGCGAGAAAAACAACCCCUCGAACAGCGACCUCGCUCAUAUACUCUACCUGGCAGACCGGUACUGUUUGAGAAAAGCGUUUGAUAAAUUUGCAAGCAUGGCAGUUUACAGACCGACAUACGUCAUGAAGUCCUACUCUGAUUUCAAUUCACUGAGCGGGGAUGCUAAAGCCGAUAUUUUGUUCCGACGUUUGGAGCUCAUCGAACGCCCUUCAAGGGAAAUUCUCCGUCAUCUACCCGGAUUAAUCACAGCCAUCCAGAACAGCUCGCUCGACUGUGGGCGGAACCACAAAGAACGGGUAGCAAGUGGCAGGUGCUUGGAGUGCAUCACCUCCAUCCUGAACGUCAACAGCAUAGAGUGUUUGCGACAGCUUCGACAGUGUAAAUCCCUCACUGACAAACUGGCAUCUGCUUUCAAGGAUGAUAAUACAUACGUUGUCAAGAAGAAGGUGGCGAUUGCUGACAUGCCGAACGUGUAUCGACCCCUGUAGUGAUCAUGAUAAUAAUUAUAAUGGCUCGUGCUAUCUCAUGAGGUCACCUAGAUUGUGGAUUCUGUGCAAAACGAGCUUGUCUGGAAGCGUGAGAGACAAUUGCUAUCGAUUUUCUGAAAGAAGGUUUAUAUAUGUGUCGGUGUGUGAAGCUGUAUGCAGCCUGGUUCCCUGGGUAUGUUGCGCUGGUAGCGCCAGCGCAGCAUACCCAGGGAACCAGGCUGAGCUGUAUGUUGUUUCACCGAUGUCCCAGAAUGCAAAACGGUGAUGUGCAAGAGACAAAUGGCUACCUUAUGAAACCGAAGUCGGAACAUGCACUUGGUAUUCCGAUUGAUUGACGCUUCUUCAGUGGUGCUGUUGAUGGAGACUUGUAACCAUACGACUGGUUUGGUUUUUUUUAACAUCUAUGAUUGACAACUUAUGUUUAGAGUGAGGAUAAGAUAUGUAGUUCAAGCUAACGGUAACAAAAGACUUUAAGAACUGUAUGAAUAUUGUAUACUCUUCUACAAGAGAAACGUAUUUACACACAUCCUGGGAGUCGCCCUGAUUAUGUUACUGGACCCGUGAAGAUCCGGGUAAUAGUUGGUCUUCAGCAACCCAUGCUUGCCGUAAAAGGCAACUAUGCGACUAUGCCUGUUGUAAGAGGCGACUAACGGG